AGACUGUGGGCGGUGACACAGAGAAUCAGAGAGAGGAAGGGAGGGAUUAAAACUUCCAAUCACAGCGACGAUCAAUCAGUCCCUCAUCCCAACGCCAUCCUACCCCACACAGAUGACUUCAUCCACAGCAACAUAAUAACCAACCACGAAUCCAAGACCCCCCAAAAAAUGUUCAGCCCUGCAGUUUCAACCGGACCAAAGAUGGAUCACACGUUUUCAUUCCCCUCCCAGUCCACUGCCAAGACCGGACAAGAAGACGCACAGAUGAUAGAGGAGAAAGGCCCCGACUCCUCGAUGGGGAAGUCCUCAGCGCCAAGCGUGACUGAGGUUCAAGAGCGUCACCCCAGCUUGAGCAUCGAUGACAUCAGCAGACAAGUGCAGGAACUGGUGGAAAAGAUUAACGACAGCCGCACCAGUGACCAGAAAGUGAUGGACAGCUACCAACGGGAGUUAGUGGAGAAGAUGACAGGGGCGUGUCAGCAGAUGAAGGAGAAAAUGUUCAUGGUCUAUGAGGAGAACAGCAUUGAGAUGCAGGUGAAGCUGCAGGAGCUGUCUCAGGUGCUGGGGAGCUGCACCAAACUCAGCGACGAGCUCCUGGAGGCCAGACGGGCCCUGGCAGGCCUCCGAGAGGCUCUGGCCAUUAGCGAGACAUCAGAAGCCCAAUAAAAUACUUACUGUUUUUAUGUCCAUAUUUUAACUGUUUAAUAUUUUACUUUGAAUGUGUUUACAUGCUCGUGUUUAUUAUUAUAUUGAGCAUUCAGAAAGGUUCACUUUGUCCAAAUGUUGGCGAGUAUACUAUUACUCAUUUUCGUUUCCCGUUUCCUUCUUCCUCUUUUUUCCGAGAAUACACCAUCAUCUGUCUGUGGUUCAGGUUACUGCUCGUGAUUGAAGUCGGAGAAAAAGAAAACAAACGCUGAAUCCAUGCUUUAUUUAUGUUCAAUGUCAGUUACAGCGUGUUGAUUCCAUAAAUAAAAACUACUACAAUUAACAAGAA